GUGAAAUAUUAGUUAUAAUCUAUAAAUUAUCAUUAAAACUAAAAUAGUUCUUCAUUAGUGCACUAACAAUAUCACAAAAUGGAUCUUGACAUGUCUGAUGAUAACAUAUUUGAAACUAGUAUGGAUUCAGAUGAAAAUAUUUUAGAGACUAAUAUUGGGGCUUUGGAAAAUUCAUUUAUAAGUGCUAAAUCCUCUACAUCAUGUGAACAAGUUUUUGCAGAUGGUUUAAUAACUAAAUCAAAUUUUACUUCUAGUGAACUCGAUUUUGAUACAUUUUCUAAAUUCAGAGAUAAUGAUUUCACAUAUAUGUUACCAAAGUCUUUUCUCGGUAAAGUAUCUCAUAUGGUACCUAUGCCUAAAAUAAUAAGUGUAGAAAACAAGGACCCUAAAAUUGAUUUUGUUGUAAGCUUGAUGAAUGGUGAUUUUCUUGUUUUAAAAGAAGGCUUCCCACUUGCUCGAUGUUGUAUUGGUUUCCCUGCGGAACAAAUUCUAAUACAUCCAGUAAUGAUACAUCAAGAAUUACACUUGUAUUUCAUUUUAUCUAACAAUGAUAAAGUUACGAUAGUCGAAUUAUUAGGCAAUGAAUUGCAAGUGAUGAAAAAGUAUAAGAAUGUGAUAAAAUAUGAUAUUGUCCCAGAAGAUAAUCAUAAUGAAAUUGUAUUGUUUAAUUUAAAACUUUACUACAAUGAGUCAAGUCAUAAAUUGGACAUUUUUAAAUUAUACACUGACGAAAUUGGUGAGGAAUCAUUAAAUAAUCAAACAGAAACGUUCGAACAACUAAAACAUGAUUUGAGAUUCACUCAAGAUCUGCUCGAAUCGAAACAAAAACUUUUGAGAAAGCAAAUUGAGUUAAAGGAAGAAAUAUUUGAAGAUCUAGUUUUAUCAAAUAAUUCAAGUUCUUCCACUAAAACUUAUCUAAUAAUUUUAAAGACGAAUUGGGUAUAUAUCUGCAAUCAGAAGCUUGUAAUAGGAUUUGUUUUUGGCAAUACUACAAGGUCAGUGGUAGUUUAA